CGAUUUAUCAAAAAAAUCACCAACUGCUGUAGCCCUGCUUGACUGUGAAAAAUCAAUUGCAUACCUCUGGAGGAAGUCCCAGUGUCCAUAACUCGUGGUUUAAUAAUUAAUUAUUCCUUAUUUUUUUGUCCGUCGUCCAUCGUUCGUUGGGGACGCAUCGGAGGGUGAAAACCGUCGACUUGGAGGUUUCUAGAAGUGAGAAAGAAGACGAACAAACGACACAGUACUCUGGGAGUACGCGAUAGUGCCGUGCUAAGAAGUUACCCGGGUUCCCUUCGACGCGGGGGCAUUUAUUUUUCGGUUAUAUAGACACAUACUGCAGAGAUAAUUGCUCCAGUGUUCUUUCUUUUACGAAUUUUGGGGAUUCUGUUGGAAAUCCAGAGACUUCAUCUGUGCAUAAAAUAUUCAAUGAAAUAAUGGCUGGGUUGCCAAGGCGGAUUAUCAAAGAAACACAGAGACUGAUGCAAGAGCCUGUACCUGGUAUCAGUGCUAUACCAGAUGAUACGAAUGCUAGAUAUUUUCACGUUAUCGUCACUGGGCCUGAAGACUCACCAUUCGAGGGUGGACUGUUUAAACUCGAAUUGUUCUUACCUGAGGAUUAUCCCAUGUCUGCGCCAAAAGUUAGAUUUAUUACAAAGAUCUACCAUCCGAAUAUCGACAGACUCGGAAGAAUCUGUCUGGACAUUCUCAAAGAUAAAUGGAGCCCGGCACUUCAAAUAAGAACGGUACUGCUAUCAAUACAAGCACUUUUGAGUGCCCCAAAUCCGGAUGAUCCAUUGGCGAACGAUGUCGCUGAAUUAUGGAAAGUCAAUGAGAGCGAGGCGAUACGUAAUGCCAAAGAAUGGACUCGCAGAUACGCUAUGGACAACUGAUCUCAGUCGAGGUUGAUAAGUCAGCUAAUGCGUUGCCCAGUCCACUCAGACACUUCGAAUUAUAAUCCUCCUGGCACACUGGCGACGUUUCAUACACCCGUGUCCACAAUUUUGCUAUGCAAAUAAUAAAAUAACAACAAUAAUAAUAAAACACCGUUUUUUGUAAAGAAUUUAAAGAGAAAAAAAAAACCAUAAAAAUUGAUAAAAUUUGGGUCUGUAUUUUUUACGUGUGCCUGGGAGUUAAAAAUAUUUCGCACCGUUUAAAAAUGGAAGAUAAAUGCUAAAACUCAUUCGUUCGGUCAGAGGAGAGUCUCUUGGGGAUUAAAUUUAACCAAUGGAAGUUCAUUGAUUUUAUUUAUCUAGUUACAUUGAAAAUACGUAUCUAGCAUCGAUGAUACGUGAUAGUGGACGCAAAGUGGAGAUAAUUUGAAAAAAUUCACUGGAAUAAUCUUAUUCAAUUAAGUUCUCUCUGUCUCUCUCUCUCUCUCUUGAAAUGUAGAUAUUUAAUCGGGUGGUGAUGAGUAUGUUGAACGCCCUAAUGUGCUGUGCAAUGCAGCACCCCUAUUCCACAUUUACGAAUAAGUGAAAAAUCAUAACAAAAUUUUCAAUUGACAUUACAACUCGAUGCAUUUGAUCCAUUGGAAAACAAAUUCGAUGUGGUGUACAGUAUUAAGAAUAUAAAGUGAACAGAAAACAUUCAAAUGUGCUUAUCAAUGUACCCAAAAAUUACAAAGAAAAGAAGAAAAAAAAAACAAAAGCAGAAUUCAAUACUAAUGUGACUUCAACUUCCUCUUAAUUCUUCUCAUUGAUUUCCUUUCAGCUCGCGAUUAGUUUUCAAAAUCCAACACUCAUUCCCAUUUACUCUUCGAAUUGUACAUAGUCGACGAAUAGCCUAGCAGCUUUGGAUAGAUAGAUAUAUUUUUAAAAUAUCAUUUAAAAAGUCAAGUUGAAGCAUCAGAUCGAUGAAAUAUCAAUUCUAUAGUUACCGAGUGGAUUGUAAUUCGAACAGAUAAGGCUUUCCCUUGAGAUUAUCACUUAUGAAAACGCCUGACAUGAUGUUGUAUUUAUAAAAAUAUGAAACAAUUUGAAAAGGCAUAAAAAACGUAAUAAAUGUCA